AUGAUGGAGGCAGAGAACGAAGGAGAAAUGCUAGAACCCAUGGUUUGUGUCAUGGACUUUGAAUGCACAACGGAUGAAAUGAAAGAGUUUGAAGCAGUGCGUGUUGGAUGGAAGUAUCUGGGCGAGAGGGAUAGUUACCAGGAAGCGGGAACAGCUAUGGAUGUAUUGCGUGACGCCAAAGCGAGAACUGUUGAGGACGGAAAAGAACGGAAAGUUUAUGUGUACGCUCACAAUAUGCGUGGUUUCGAUUCAUCUUUUAUUUUGCAUGCUUUGUAUGAUCUGGGCUACCAGAUUGUCAAAGCAUUGAGUGUGGGUGCCAAGUAUUUGUCGUUUGAGUGCGGUAACCUUAUUUUUCGUGAUUCUUUAAAUUUUUUUAAUAUGGUGCUAGAGAAAUUACCAGCGACCUUCAAUUUGACGGAAACCCACAAAGGAUUUUUCGCGUAUUCGUGGAUAUGCGAGGACAAAUAUGGAUACGUGGGCCUUUAUCCACCAGCAGAGGACUACCAUCCAGAAAGAAUGUCCGAGAAACGCCGUAAACAAUUUUACGCAUGGUACAAAGAAAAAGUGGAGAGCAAUGCGGUGUUUGAUUUUGACAAGGAAGUCUCUGCCUAUUUGCAUAGCGAUGUUGAAGUCCUCGCACAGUCGUUGGAAGCAUUCGGCCAAGAAAUGUUUGAACUGACUGGAGUUAAUCCAGUGAUUGAAUGCGUGACCAUUGCGAGUACCGCCAAUAAAGUAUGGAGAAAGAACUUUCUCAUUCGAGAUCUCAUUGCCCUUGAACCCAGAAACGGUUGGCGUCAAAACCAACAAAAUCAGAGUGUGGAGGCUUACCAGUGGUUGGAGUUUGAAAAUUCCAAGAUUGGCGGCGGAAUUCAGGUAUGAAUUUUUAGUUGCAGUAAAGUCUGCACAUUUUAAAUUUAACUUGCAGUGUUUUUCCGCAUUUUUCAGUUUGCGAAAUGAUUUAUACUGUGCAAACGUAGAUGCACGCUACAAAUCAAAAAUUACAGUGUUUUGUAUGAGAAAUAUGUGUAAAAAAGUCUGCACUUAAGAAAAAUUAUUUGCAGUGUUUUUCCGCAUUUUUCAGUUUGCGAAAUGUUUUAUACAGUGCAAUGGUCAAUGCGCAGUCGAAAUCAAAAAUUAUUAUCUGCGGACCACCAAGGAAACAAUAACAAAUGUAUAUUUUUUUAUUUUUCAGCAUGUGCGAAACUCGCUCGAUGGCGAAGCCCGUGUUUUAACACUAGCUCAGUCCUACAAUGUGGAUGGUUUUCACGCAGACAGCAAUACUGUGUACAAGUACCAGGGAUGCAUUUUUCACGGCUGCAAACGAUGUUUUUCUCUCCAGCGCCAAAAGAAGAAACAUUGCCAUCCGGACCGAACAGUCGAAGAAGUCUAUCAAGCCACUUGCCUAAAGACCGCCAUCCUCAGAGAGGCUGGCUACACUGUGAUUGAAAAAUGGGGCUGCAAGUUUGCCAAACAGAAAAAAACAGACCCAGAACUCCAAUCCUUCCUGAAAAACUUUGAAUUAGUGUCACCACUCGAGCCACGAGAUGCCUUCUUUAGCGGACAAACCGGCGCCACAACCCUGUAUGCCAAAGCCGCUGAGGGAGAAGAAAUUUUGUAUGUAGAUUUCACUUCUCUGUACCCCUCAAUCAACAAAUAUUGA